AUGCUACCGCCAAUUCCGGUUCUGGAGGACUACGGCAUUAAUCCCGAGCAUGGCUUCCUCCCUCCAGAUUUGCCCUUAGAGUCUCUCCCAGACCCGUAUUAUGCCAAAUGGGAGUCUAUCGUCAACAAUAUACAGCCUCUCAUUCUAAGCCGAAGGGUACGGUCCACCAUCGACCGACUUCCUGUCUUGUCAACGUCUUUCCUGCACACUGAGGCAGAAUGGCGCCGUGCCUAUGUCGUUCUGACGUUUAUGCUUCAUGCGUACGUCUGGGGUGGUGAUAUUCCUGAAGAGUUGAUCCCCCCGCCCAUCAGUGCGCCGCUCCUGGAAGUCUGCGAGUACCUAGAAUUGCCCCCAGUCGCCACUUACGCAGCAGUAUGCUUAUGGAAUUAUAAACCAAUCUUUGCCGAUGAACCAGCAGACGAUCUACACAAUCUUUCUACCAUAAACACCUUCACCGGUUCCUUAGACGAGCAAUGGUUUUACCUCGUCUCCGUGGCGAUUGAAGCUCGGGGGGCGCCAACACUCCCAUUGAUGUUGAAAGCGAUGGAGGCGGUUAGGGCUGGAGACAACGAGGUUGUGACACUCUGUCUACAAGAAAUGGCGCAGCGAAUUGACGGCGUGAGCACACUCCUUCAGCGAAUGUACGAGCACUGCGAUCCCCAUGUGUUUUACCACCGGGUUCGCCCGUUCCUUGCAGGCAGCAAGAACAUGGGCGACGCCGGGCUCCCCAAUGGUGUCAUGUUUGAUACUGGAAAUGGCCGGACAGAAUAUCGACAAUAUGGAGGCGGCAGUAACGCCCAAAGCUCGCUGAUUCAGUUCUUCGACAUUGCUUUGGGAAUCGAGCACCGUCCUACCGGGGUAACUCGAGAGGGUAGCGUUUCGGAAAAGGGUUCCGAAGGCAUUCCUCCUACGCCUCGGCACGGAUUCAUCCAAGAAAUGAGAGGCUAUAUGCCCGGCCCACACCGUCGCUUUCUCGAAAAUGUUGGAAGUGUUGCCAACAUCAAAGACUUUGUGCAAGCCCGGCGGUCUGACAAGGCUCUGUGCCUCGCCUAUGACGCCUGCCUGGCGAUGCUGCGCGCCCUACGUGACAAGCAUAUUCAGAUGGUUUCUCGCUACAUAAUUAUCAAAUCAAGAGAGCAACGGCGCAAUUCACAAUCGAUGACCCCGCAGGCGGUGCGCUCAUCAAUCGUGAACUUGGCGAACCCCAAGUCCGGCGACAACAAGAAAACGCGAGGAACCGGCGGCACAGCCCUAAUUCCGUUCCUCAAACAGGCUCGCGACGAAACUGGCGAACCGGCUAUCGAUGCCUGGGCUCGUCGACUGUUGAGCAACGGACCGGGAGACCGCAGUUAUGCGUCACUCGGAAAAGUCGACGAACAUGCAGACGGGCAGAUUGAGAUUGUCGGCAUGGCGGGGACUUGGGCAAUGGACGACAGUGAAGGAGGUAUCUGCCAUUGGUGA